AUGACUUCAUAUUUUUUCCAUAUCAAAUUCGAGCUUUAUCCGACCGAAAACCCAGCUGCCGGAGGAGAAACAUUUGCGGCGCAGAACAGCCAAGAUAUUUGGCUACCAUCGGACGAAGCCAGCAUUUUUGACGACCUUCCCGCCCACCCCCCAGCUCAUCGCUCGGCAGCGCGCAAUACUGAGAUACCAGAUAGAGGCAGACGCAUAUCUUUUGGAGCUCUGGCUACGUUGGACCGAAGAGCUGGAUUUGGCGCAAACUCGAGACCUGGCGUCAUAGAUUGCGGGACCCCGCGACCACCGACGGAAAACGACGGACGAGACAGCGACGCCUUGCCGGAGAGACAGUUGUUGGGGCGGGCGAAUAGCUAUCCUCUACCGCCGUCAACAGCUGCCUUGCAACCGCAGACUGCAGUCCGAGACUGGAGAUUUGGGCGCAUCAAUAUCGAAACGUUAGAUCCUAGUUUAUUAUACAACAACAACAUGGCUGGAGAAGGCAAGGCGACGGCUACUGCUGUCGCUGGACCAUCAGCCGCACCAGCUCUGGGCCCAUCUUUCAGCGGCUCAGGGACGGCGACAAGGGCAGAGUUUGUUGAGCUAGAGGGGAAGAAUACCGAAGUCGGCUGGGGCAUCGUGCAUUUCUACAGGGAGGGGGAUGAGACAGCUGGACUUGCCUCCAACCACGAGGUGGCAGAAGAAACCAAAAACACGCAAGACUGCACCACGCUCUGUAUCCCUGCCGUCCCGGCCUACAUGACACCUGGAGACUUCCUGGGCUUUUUGGGAGAACGAUGGCAGAACGACAUCAGUCACUGUCGAAUGGUUAUGACUUCGAGAAUGAAUCGAUAUUUGGUCCUGCUCAAAUUUCGCGAUAGUAAACAGGCGAAACUGUGGAGACGAGAGUAUAAUGGCAAGAUAUUCAACUCUAUGGGGUCUCAGGCCUGCCACGUAGUUUUCGUCAAGAGCAUCACAUUCGAACGACCGGGCCUGUCUCGAGGGCACGAAUAUUCCCUUUCUUCGUCUUCAACAGCCGUUUCGAACAGCUUGAAGCCUUUUCCACCCCCGACUCCGAACCUUGUGGAGCUACCCACAUGUCCGGUCUGCCUAGAAAGAAUGGACGAGACGAAUGGAUUGAUGACUGUGGCGUGCUCUCACGUUUUCCACUGCACGUGCCUACAGCGCUGGAAAGGAACCGGCUGCCCAGUCUGCCGGUUUACGAACCCUUCCGAUGAGCGGGACCCGUCGAACCCUUAUAGCCAGCCCUUUGGAGGGUCGGUAUCGAAUCUGUGUAGUGUCUGUGACUGCGCUGACGAUCUCUGGAUUUGCCUUAUAUGUGGCUACUUGGGAUGUGGCAGAUACAAAGGAGGGCAUGCCAAGGAUCACUGGAAAGACACGGCGCACUGCUUUGCUUUGGAGCUGGAGACACAACAUGUCUGGGACUAUGCGGGCGAUAUGUGGGUGCAUCGCCUCAUCCGCGAUAAAGGCGAUGGAAAGGUUGUUGAGCUUCCUGGGAGAAGUAACCACACUGCCAAUGGUGAAGGCGCGGAUGAGGACAUGGUCCCACGGGCGAAGUUGGAGAUGAUAGGGCUCGAGUAUACUCACCUGCUAGGAAGCCAACUUGAGUCUCAGAGGGCCUAUUACGAGGAAAUGAUCAGCAAGAGCGCUAAUAAAGCAUCGAAAUAUUCAGCCGAGUUUGAAAAAGCAAUAAUGGAGACGUCAGAAACUCGGCAGCAGCAUGCUGCUCUGCAAAAGGAAUAUGAGGUCCUAAACGGGGAGACGCUCCCGCAGAUGGAGCGUGAUCUUGAACGGGAGAGGAACAAGGCGAAGAAGGGUGAGAACCUUGCCAGAAGCCUUGGCCAGUCUCUGCAAGAAGAAAAACGGCUCAAUGAAGGUCUGAUGAAACGCAUUGAGCAUUUGGACACUGAUGUCGAAGCGAUACGCAAGCAGCUGGAGGAACUCAAAGCAGAAAACGCAGAGCUGAAGGAAAUGAAUCGAGACUUGACCAUGUUCAUCUCUGGCCAGGAGAAGCUCAAAGAGUUGGAAAAUGAGGGGCAAAUCGAGGAGGGCGAGCUUGAGGGAGGCACUAUGAGUGUUCCUGAGGCCAAGAAGAAGAAGGCGAACAACAAACGGAAGGGGAAGCGGUAG